GUGUGUGUAUUCAAAUAAUAACCUAUAAAAAGUUUUAAGACACAAUAAUAAUUUUAUUAAAAAACAAAAUCUUUGUCACUAAAACUGAUUGAAAAUGUCGGAUGAUUUUGUACAAUUCAAUCUUGACAGACCACCAAAGGCCGACGUUAAGAGUAAUGAACAAAUGCAUUGCCAUUCUGUCGGAAAAGCAGAAGAUUAUCCACCACUGGAAAAAUCAGUUUUUAUAUUGAUGAUUGGGGAAGAAAUUCAAAAGCUGAGUGUCAUUCAGAAUAUUCCUGAACUGAUCAAAGAGGAUUACGAAGGAUGUUUGUCAAAAAUAAUACCAAAAAUGAAUCAGGGCCUCGUACAGGGAAGCAUAGAAUAUCACCUAGCAGCCAGCAAAUCGGUGCAGAAAAUAUUGAAGCAAAACACCAUUCAACCUGUGCACUUCAAAGUGAACUUCUUGAAGACGGUAUUGAAGUCUAUGGACAACCGAGAUCCUGACACAGCAAAAACAUGGCUGGACACGUUACUUGAGGCAAUCAAAAUCCUUAAGGAAGAUGUCAUCAUUGAGGAUAUUUUACCAGUGGCCGAAGCCAAGUCUCGCCAUACUGAACCAGUGUUUCAUCGUGUGAUGAGCUGCCGUAUGUUGGGAAGAAUUGCUGAAUACUGUAGCACUUAUACAGUGCAGAAAUCAGUGCUGGGCGUGGUGCAGGCUCUGUGCCAGGAUGUGGACAAAACAGUUCGUGCCUCGAUGUGUCUUGAGCUGCCUCAACUGACUCGGCCUCUGCUAAGCAGCUAUGAGCGAGAUCUGCUGCCUCUGCUCAAUGACUCGGUGAACGACGAACAGACUCAGGUCAGGGCGGCUGCUUACUGUGCACUCGUACAGUCAUUGCCACUCGUCGGUCAAGAUAUCCUGAAACAAUCAUUCCUACCAAUGGCGAAGAAAAUAAUCGAACAAUGCCUGCAAUCCGUCCAGGACGGAAUAUUUCUUAUGGAUCUCACCGAGCAGUUUGGCAAUUUAUGUCUCGGACUGGAACAAUCUGUAAAAACUCCUUCAAUGGAACGCGGAACUUUUUACCUGCACGCGCAAUCUCGUUCGCCGCACAACAGCAGCAUGUUCGUCGAUAGCCGGGUACACUGCGCCCUCAACAUGCCGGCCAUAAUCCGGUUUUGCCGCGGCAUUGGCAAUAGCAACGCUGCCUACUUCACGCGCAACAUCUAUCCGCUCAUGUGCAUGCUGUGUGCAGACUCACAGUAUGCGGUCAGGCGGGCCAUUGCUUCUGUUAUGCACGAGAUAGCGGCAACAUUGGGCAAAUCGAACGGUUUCAUUCUGAAAGAGUUCAUCAAACUAUUGAACGAUGACUCAGAAGACGUUCUCCAGGCUCUCAUACCAAACAUCAGAAAAUGUUUGGAAUCUUUCAGUGAAUCGGAAAAUUUCUCGCCAGAAGUUGUAGACGAUAAGAGUAUAGAGCUGACCCGAUCCCUGUUUACAUGCGAAUCAGAGGUAUUGGCCACUUACAACUGGAGACUACAGACCGAAUUCUUCAAGCAGCUGGAAGUUCUGAUGCGAUGUCUGCCUUCCAGUUUCAUCUACAGUCAGUUUGUGCAGCUGCUGCGUAAGAGACUCUUCACAUAUAGAACAGUAGAAUGUCGUGUUGCAAUAGUGAGGACUUUGCUGGUUUUCCUUCGCUACAACACUAAUAUGAGUCAAAGAAACGAUCUGAGAAAUUCAAUCAUUGCAGAUAUGUGCUGCAGUAAAAACUUCUACAAUCGGUCAAUUUAUGUGCGGUCAAUUCCAUAUAUACUGGAAAUAUUUUCCAGUUCUUAUUUCAGAACGCAUUUCUUCAUACCAACUAUUGCACUCAUGGAAGACAAAGUGGCCAACAUACGAUUUAUGAUGUGCGAUUUGAUGCCCACCUUGAAAUGCAUUGCUGCCCACGACAAAAAUAAUGGCAAAUUUUCGGUCCUUGUUGACGCCGCAAUCGAGAAGACUAAAAAUGAACGAGACAAGCUGGUGCUCGAACAUAUUGCCACCAUGAACAAAAUGAUCGACAAAGUCAAGCUGGAUGAAAAGGACUCAACAAAAUUGAAGGAGGAAAAAUUAUUAGAUGCGAUAGCGGCAAAUGCUAAAGACAUCAAAUCACAUUUUGCCAAUCUAAAAUCCCCGUGCUGUACCUCUGCGGAAUCCUCCGAGAACUUUUGAUGUGAGAGAUGUCAGAUCUCUCAAUAGCAGGAGUUUCGAUUCCAGGCAUGGAGACUCGAGCAGUGAGCAGCAGUCGACACCAGCUGACGCUGGUCACACUCCAGCCGCUUCCAGACAGCUCUCUCCAGACAUAAUAGUCUACGACACUUUUCCAAAUUUCCCUCCAGUUUUCUGCCCCAACAAUAAUUUGGCAGCUACUUGUGACACCCCUCAAAACUCCAAUGCACAACAAUUUGUUCGAAUUCCUCCCCUUGAAACAUCUGGGAAUAUGGUUGCUCGAGCAACAACUGGGGAUGGUUCCAAUCGAAACUCCAGUUUUCAAAAUUUUGACCAAAUUCCGCCCCUGGAAACAUCUCGGGAUGGGUUUGCUCAAACCCCAAAUUUUCAAAAUUCUGAUCAAGCCCCUUCUAACGAAAAAAUUCCCCCCUAUGAAACACCUAGAAACACUUUUGUCCCAUACUCCAAUUAUCAAAACUUUGAAGCAGCUAGAAGCUAUUCCCCCCCAAUCUCUAAUUUCGAAAACAUCUAUCAAUUUCCAUCUCACGAAGCUGAUAGAAACAAUGAUAUAAUUCCAAAUCUGAACUUCCCUAGCUUCAAUCAUGUCCCAGCUUGUGAGACAGUUAACAACCAACUUGUUCCAAACUUCAGUUCUGGAAGCUUGGAUCAGCUUAACAGUGACGAGACUCGUAGAAGUAACCAUGUUUAUAGUUUGAGUGAUGCAAGAGAUUUUGUAGACGAUUUGAGUCACAAUUUGACCCAAUCUUCUACUGUUAGAAGUGACCCAAACUCGAACUAUCAACAUUUUAAUCCAACCUCAUCAGAUGAAACAAGUAGAAACGAUUCUGUUACAAAUUCUAACCAAAUUUCAAACGAUUUUUUGGCCACUGUGUGUGAUUCUACUCAAAAAUUUACAAAUUUAACCCGAAUUUCAAGCGAUCUGGGGAUCCCUGUGAAUAAUUCGACCCAAAACUUCCCAAACUCAACCAGUGAACGUUCUAGAAUCGAUCACCGCUCUGCUACCCCCAGUGCAAGAUGCAUCUCCCCUGAUAUUAUCAAAAACUUUAAAUCUUCUUUCACCGGCAAUCUACCCGAUAUCGCUGUCUACCAUACUCCAAGUUCCCCCGGAUUUGAAAAAAAUCCAACGGAAAUUGAGCAACAAACUUAUGAAAAUCGAAAUCCUAUUAGUGAAAACUCUUUUGUGUAUUCAGAGGAAGGAUUUAGUGAAAGACAUGAUUUUCAUUUGUCCAAAAAUCAAUCAGAAGGUUUCCCUAAUCAUAGUUAUGUACCUAGAAAACGUUUUGUUGAAAAUCAAUCUGCCAGUUAUGUAGGGGGAAUAUUGAAGGAUACUAGAAACGAUACUUUUAAGUUUGAAACCCCGUCAGAAGAAAUCUAUUAUCUCAGUAGUGAAACUCAGGAUAUUAUUGUUAGAAAUCCAUCUCGCGUUCACUUUCAAGAAACACAAAAUCAUAAAAUUCAUGACUCACAUUACAGACAAGAAACGUUUCAUGUUCAUGGUGGGAGAGUUUAUGAAAAUUCAUCUUCCAACUAUACAGAUGAUAUAAGUCGCACCGUAGAAGGGAAAACCACACUAAAUGAUACACUUGAUAAUCGAUUUAUAGCCUCAUAUGAAUCCAGACAAGAUAUUCAGAACAUGAACAAAGACUAUAAUACAUCAAACACUCGAAAGUUCAAAAUAAAUUCUUCAAAUUUUCUGAACAAUAAUUUUGAAACAGCUGUGCCUGCCGUGUAUACCUACAGCUAUAUAAAUGAAAGUACCAAUUCUAGUGAGAAUAUUGAAAUUGAAGGCUUGAAUGUUCAAAAUAACAAUUUGGAAACAUCAGAACAAGUAAUGUCUAAUUCGAAUGGAAAUGAAACCGAAAUUGAAUCUAAACGUUCUAUCAAUAUUAUCGGCUUAUGCUCUAGAUUGGAAAGCUCUUCCAUUAAUGAAUCAACCCCGGACAAGACAGGUCCGGAUAUCAUAGAUUCCAAAUAUGAUGAUAAGAGCAUUAAAAAUAUAGUUGAAAGUUCUCCUUUGGAAAUAGAUAAUUUGACAAAAAUCUUAGAAACACAGGAUAUAAGUUUGUCCCUUACACCUCAAAAUAAUUUUACUGAUAGUUUGGGAUCAGAAAAUGCCUCCUCAGCAAUAUAUAGUAAUGAAUUUGAAACUGGUAAUAACCACGAAACCGCGAUUGUAUUGCACCAAAAUAAUUCAGAUUUGAAGGCUACUGUACAAAAUUCUGAAGAAUUUCAUCCAGAUACCGAAAUUGUUCACAGAAGAUUGAAUCAUGGUGAUAGAAUUGUGAAUAGUAUUUCUAAAAAGGAAUCACAUAUAAUCGAUAUUGAGAACAACCCAGAGACAAAUUUAGAACAAAAUUCGGACAGUAAUGUUGUGCUUUUCAAAACUGAAACUAGUUUGGUGGAAAAACAGGAAGUCGAAACCGAUCAAUCCUUUUUGAAAAAAGAAGACAUCCAUUCCAAAGUGACAGAAACUCAUAAAUCUCCUGUGAAGUUAUCAAAAAAUACAUCCUCUGGCAUUCCUACCAUUAGUAAAUCCCCGAGACGUUCUCUAGUUUUUGAGAGUGGAUAUACUUCUGAUAAAACUAGUAUUCCCUCAAUUAAUCCGAGGCGAUCGUUAGUUUUUGAUGGUGACUGUACCUACGAUCAAACUAGUGGUUCAGGUGUGAAGAAAGCACAAAGAUAUUCAUUGAAUUUUGAUCGUGAUAAUUCCUCUGUGAAUCUUUCUUAUAGGAAUGAAUCUUUCAAUUAUUCUUCAACUGUUGGUGUCAAUAAUGAAGAUAAGAGUAUAAAAUCGAAGCCCGUUUCUACUCGUUCAAAUGAUAGUACUUUGUCAAGUCUAAAAAAAUCGGGAGAUGGUAAGAAACCUUCUGAAAGUCCGGUUUCCAAACGUUCCAACGAAAAAACAGCAUCUAAAUCAUGUCUGCAAAAAACUGGGGAGCUGAGAAAGUCUUCCCUAAGUCUUGUUUCAAAUCGUUCCGACAAAAUUAGUGAUAGAGGUCUGCGACAUUCCGAUAAAAUCCCCAGAGAUACCUCUAAAAGUCCAGUAUUAAAUCUAGAAACUGGAGAGGAUUCAGAAUAUACUAAAAAAUCUACUGAAAGUGCUCAUCUUGAGAGCUCAAGAACUGGGAAAACUUCUGAAAAAUGUUUGAAAACUACUGAAGAAUCGGAAAUACCUGAAAGUCAAGCCCCCACUGAUAAAAUGAACAGUUUUCUCAAAGUAGAAGUAUCCAAAAAUCCUUCUGUAGCACCUCCUGCUUCCAAGAAUCUGAAUGAAAAAAUGUGCAAAAUAUAUUCAGAAAAACCCGCUAAAUCUGCAGAGAUUUCCAAGAGUUAUGUUUCUAACUCAUCAAGUGAUAGAAACACAAAAGUUGAUUAUUCAAAGGUAGAGGAACCUAAAAGUCUUUUCAAAACUCAAUUUUCAAAGCACAAAAUAUCGGAAGGCGUUGAUAUAAAUUCAGAAAACUCCGAAAGUCAUGUAUCGACACAUAAAAUAACAGAAGGUGAUUCUCAAAAUUUCGAAACCCAUGAAAAACUUUCAAAAACUCAACCAUUCAAACUCGAAACUAGUAAAAUUUCUGUAAAAAGCUGUCCCCGAACACCGGGAGAUCCUAAGACUUCAAAUUUGGAAAAAUCUAGAAACCGUUCAAAAACGCCAUCUUCAAAAAUUGAAACUAGUAAAAUCCCUGAAAAACGUUGUAACCAAGACCCUAAUAACUUGUCACAAAGUCCUGUCGCAAAACGCUCAAACAUUCAGACGCCUCAAAAAUCAUUCCUGCCGAUUAGGGCUCACAAAAAUGGUCAAAAUUUUGAAAAUAUUCCAGACGAAAGUCAAGUUACAGUUAAUAGUAAACGUCACAGUUUGGGGACUUUGUCAUCAGAGACUGAUGUUGUUAUUAGUAAACAGUUGCCGAGAAAAAGUGGUGAGAGGCCUCAGUCUCUUGUUAUCAACAGCAGUCGUCUACCUGUCAGAAGCACGAACUCUUCAUCAAGCUCAUUAGGAAUAUCAAGAACCCCGAGAUAGCAGCUUUAACAUAGAUGAAAUUAUCUGCGAAAAUUAUAUCAUCGCUAGCUUGAAAUUAAUGCUAUCAA